GAAUCUCAGUACCAAGUCGAAGUGACAGCUGCGCUGACAAGAUAGAAGCGAAAGGAAUUUUCAACGGCGCCACUGUCACGAGGGGACCUGACUGGCAAUGGGACAAUCAAGAUGGUGAUUACACACGGCAACUUUUUGCGUGCCAUUUCAGUUCCAAAAAGCGAUUCUAAUGCAAAUGCAAAAACCACAUAAAUUGAGUGACUUGCAAAGUUACCUAUUAGAAAGUGUUGGACAUCUAUAAAGAUAAUAGAAAUAAUGGGAAGAAAGAAACUAUUUUACAAGGAAUGAUAAAUACACUAUAUAGAAUUUAAUUAUAAUUUUUGCAAGGUCACUUCUGCCGAAAUGUUUAGUUUUUUGUGUGUGUUUUUUUUUGGUGUUGAUUUUUUGUAUAUGUCUUUAAAGCUUAAAUAGAUUGUUUUUACUUCUGCGAAAUUUGGCAGUGUCUUGUCACAAAUAAUAACUCUCUAAGAAUGGAUGUAUUGCUGUAAUGCACUGAACAGCGUGCAUAUGUGUGUUCAUUAGACGCGCAAUAUACAGUUCAGAUUGUCAAUGAAAAUUGAUAGUAAUAGUUGCUUUCUGUACGGACAUCGUUUCAAGUCAAAUCUGACUCCUAUUGCAUUGCUCUACUGACAAGCAUGUUUUGUCAAGUGAUUUUAAUAGAUGGGACCGUACCGCAUUCCACCGGUUGUUGUUCGGUGCGUUAUUUAAAGUUGAUGCAGAAAUUGCCAAUUCCAUUAUCUCUUCUCAAGAAACAUAGUUAUUGACCUAGUACGUCUGGCAUCCAUAUACUUUUCGCUUUCAAGUGAUAAAAUUUCAAUUCCUUUUUUUUUUUUAAAUAUUUGAAAAAAAAAAACUGCAGCGUGCGAUCCAACAUCAUGCGCUAAAACAUAAUUGACAGUGUUUAAACAAUUUAGGGGUAUUGAAAUUGUUCUUUGUUUUAUUGUAAUUUUUGUAGUCAAAUGAAGAAUAACACAUCAUCUGACGAUGUAAGCAGUGAAUCAGUUGUGUCUUUAUUCUGUGUAUUCACAUUUAAACAGCUUUCUCAACAAAUUUUUCUGUAGUUUUCGCUUAGUGAUUUAAAAAAAAAAAAUUAGUACUUUUCGUUUUAAAUUUAAUUAAAAACAAUGUGAGUAAGUUAACAACACAGUUAGCUUUUAUUAAAGGACAGCAGUCAAAUCUAGGCGUCUUGGCUUCGUGCCUUUAUCGGUCAAACAAAAAUUUGUUUAAAUUUUUUUUUUGUGAACCAUUGCAGCCUAGCACACAAUUAGUUAUUAUGAUUUUCAUUAUAAUUAUUGUUAUCAAUGUAUCGAAGGAGGCGAGGGCAGGACGGGCAAGGUAGUUACAUCAGGAAGGUGGGUUAAUGUUGAAUGGGAGAUGGGUGACAAGAACAAAUACAGACUUGGAGACGACGG